UCUGGUCCGCGCAAACAUGAGGCAGCUGCCAGCGGGGCCGGGCAGUCCCAUCCGCUCCGGCUGCGAAGUGGGGACGCGGGCUACCAUUCCGUGCGGCGCCCAGUAUGCAGCGGGCAAAGGAACUUGUUGCCAGGGCUCACCUGGGAGCCGGAUGGAAGAGCAAGUAUCCUGAGGCCACAGGUGCACCUGGUCCUGCUGUUGGCCUUAUGACAAUGGGGCCUGUGGCCUUCACAGUCUUUAUGUCCCCAUCCCUAUGGCCUGCCCGUGUCUACCCUGGCCAGGGAUGGAGAAGAUCAUACCUCCCAGUGCCCAGCUGGGCAGGGACAGCAGUCUUAAGGGAAGCAUCCACAAGGUCCCUCACCAGUGCUAAGGACCCUGCAGGAGGUCACCAAGGCAGCAGAUGGCAGCCUCUUGGGAGACCCUGGGCGCACUCCACUGAGCAAGAAGGAUGGUGUCAAGUGGCAGCGGCCACGAUUCACCCGCCAGGCCCUGAUGCGGUGCUGCUUGGUCAAGUGGAUCCUGUCCAGCACUGCCCCACAGGGCUCAGACAGCAGUGACAGUGAGCUGGAGCUGUCCACGGUGCGCCACCAGCCGGAGGGGCUGGACCAGCUGCAAACACAGACCAAGUUCACCAAGAAGGAGCUGCAGUCCCUCUACAGGGGCUUCAAGAACGAGUGUCCUACAGGCCUGGUGGAUGAAGACACCUUCAAACUCAUCUACUCGCAGUUCUUCCCUCAGGGAGAUGCCACCACCUAUGCACAUUUCCUCUUCAACGCAUUCGACACCGAUGGGAACGGGGCCAUCCGCUUCGAGGACUUUGUGGUCGGACUCUCCAUCCUGCUGCGAGGCACAGUCCAUGAGAAGCUCAAGUGGGCUUUCAAUCUCUACGACAUUAACAAGGACGGCUACAUCACCAAAGAGGAAAUGCUGGCCAUUAUGAAAUCCAUCUACGACAUGAUGGGCCACCACACCUACCCCAUCUUGCGGGAGGACGCGCCCUUGGAACACGUGGAGAGGUUCUUCCAGAAAAUGGACCGGAACCAGGAUGGGGUAGUGACCAUCGAGGAGUUCCUGGAGACCUGUCAGAAGGAUGAGAACAUCAUGAACUCCAUGCAGCUGUUUGAGAAUGUCAUCUAGGAUGUGCAGAGGGGCCCUGGGUGGCCACUGCCACUCCACCCGAGAAACCGGAACUUUUUUCUAAUGUAUUUGAAAAAAGUGAGAUGUUCACUCCUGAUACACACACACACACACACACACACACACACACACACACAGAGCUCCUCUGGGCUGGCUGGCAGGAGGAGGUGAAAGGUCAUGGGCACCGUUCCCAACAGCUGUCCUCAAAUGUGUGGGGCAAGGCAGCUGCCUCCAGGAUGGGCAGCACCUCUGCCAGUCACUAGAUGUCACCAGGAAGGGGCUCCAGAGCCUGAAAGAGCCUCUCCAAAGCAUGGGAUCCCCUUCUUUUCCCACCAAAUGGGAACCCCAGGGUUCCUCUGGCCACUUCCUGCCCAAGGACUUGUGUCCCCAGAGAAGCCCUCAUUAAAGGGCUCCAGAACAUCCAGAAAUGAAGGGGUUCAGACUAGGACAGAGGUGGUCACAGUCUGCUUCCUGGGAAUCCUGUCCCCAAGGCUGGGAUACUGAGCCAGGCAAGCUGGACAGUGCCAGGACACCCUCUGUGAGGCAAGUUUGGGUGGUGAGGGCCCCUGGGCACCAUCCUUCCUCCAUCUCAGGCGGGGAGGGGCUUCCAAGGUGGGGAUAGGGUUUCUAGGAGAAGAACCUGAGGGGACCGUUUGCCAUCUCCCCUAAGGGAGAAGCCUUUGCCUACCCCAGUUCUGGCUCAUGGGGAUGGAAGAGGGGUGCUAUAGCCCCAGAACAGGCUGCUCUCCCCAAGAUCUGCUUAGUCCUGGGAGGAGGUCACAUGGUUCAGACACCUGCAUCCGUGGAUCCUGGGGCAUGGACAGGGCACCUGGUCCCUCUCCCCGCCCCCCAUCUCUCUGGAGCUCCAUGAGGCCCUGCCAUGGGAUCACCCCAACCUCUACAAAAGCACAAGUACUCGCCCUAGAGAGGAGCCACGGUCAUUCAAGUCCUUCCCAAGAUCCAAGGAAACCUGGGUCCUGAAAGCCCCAACCUAGGUGGCCCCCAGGAAGGAGUUCAAGGGUCUGUUUGGUGCCCUAGCGCCUUGGAGUCUUGAAGGCCAUUUCCAGCCCCACUCACCAAUGUUCAGAAGCACAAACCUGGGAGCCCAGCUUGGUGGCCCCGCCUGGGCUAUGGAGAUCCUAUGGGGGGCAACAGUGAGGGCCGAGCGCCUGUUUGAGGAACACUCCCACAUAAUACAUUCCAUCGGGCCACCCAUGUCUGCUCAGGCUGGUCCUGGUGACCCCACACAUUCCCAGGACACUGGCCCCAGGUGAGCAGACCCCUCAGAGGAAAGGCAGGCUGGCCAAGGACGUGGGACCCUCGUCCCCACACACAGGUGGAUGUCUCAUGGAGUAGCACUGAUGCCCACUACUGGGGUCCCCCUCCCCUCCUCCAGGGGAGUGUGUGUCACCUUCCCCUGGCUCAGGGAUCUCCUCCUGCCCCAGCCCGCCCUCCCAGCUGGCAUCCUGUGCUUCUCAGGGGCCAAGGCCACAGGAGACAGUCGCCACCAUGCCCCUGUCCCCUUGUCUCCCACGCUGGGCCACGACGGGCCGCAUGUCUGCAUGGCAGCAGCGUCUCCCUUAGGCGUGGCUGGGAAGACAGUUCCUGGCGCCCACCAAUAUUCAAUCCUAUAUAUUUUAAUAAA